AUGGGAUUCGUCGACGACGCAUCCACGAGGAUGGAUGACAAAGUCUCCCCCGCUCUUGCAGAGGGCAGACAAGCAGCUAGGAAAGAGCAGUCCAUGACCCUCUGGCAGGCUUUGCGGUUAUACCCGAAAGCCGUUGGCUGGUCAGUCCUUCUUUCGUCCACUCUCAUCAUGGAGGGGUAUGACCUUGCAUUACUCAGCUCAAUGUACGCAUCACCCGUGUUCAAUCAAAAGUUCGGAGAACAGACUGCCUCGGGGAAAUGGGCUGUUCCGGCAUCCUGGCAAUCCGGCCUUUCCAAUGGUGCACGCUGUGGUGAAGUAAUUGGACUUCUGAUCAAUGGUUUGGUCUCUGAGCGUCUAGGGUACCGCAAAACCAUGAUCUGUGCCUUGUGCGCCAUUACAGCAGUCAUUUUUCUGUUUUUCUUCGCAGUCAAUGUUCAGAUGUUGCUAGCUGCCGAGAUUCUCGCUGGUAUCCCUUGGGGUAUAUUUCAGACCUUACCAGCCGCCUAUGCCUCCGAGGUUUGUCCGGUAGUCCUGCGACCUUACCUGACAACUUUCAUCAACAUGUGCUGGGUAUUCGGACAGUUUGUGGCCGUUGGCGUGAAUCGCGGCUCCAUCUCUCGUGACGAUCAGUGGGGCUGGCGCAUACCUUUCGGUGUACAAUGGGUGUGGCCAAUCCCAAUCAUGAUAGGUUGUCUUUUCGCACCUGAGUCCCCUUGGUGGCAUGUGCGACAAGGCAAUGUGCAAGGAGCUCGACGAGCCUUGCUGCGGUUGACUUCGCCGAAUGAUCCCAACUUUGACCCCGAAGAGACGAUUGCUAUGAUUCAACACACCAAUGAGUUGGAAAAAUCGCUCUCUAGUGGAACCACAUACUGGGACUGCUUCAGGGGAACGAACCUUCGCCGAACCGAGGUAGUUUGCCUUGUGUGGUUAGUGCAAACCCUUUGUGGCCAGAACUUGAUGGGUUAUUUCGCCUACUUCUGUGUCCAAGCGGGUCUUCCCACGGUAGAAUCUUUCAACCUGUCCCUGGGACAAUACGGCCUCGGUGUUUUGGGUACAAUAGGAUCAUGGUUCCUGAUGUCCUACGCGGGCCGACGAACCAUCCACAUAUCCGGUCUCGCCAGUCUUUUCGUCCUUCUGAUAAUCACAGGGUCUCUAUCUUUUGCACCAGGAGACAACAACGCAGCCAAAUGGGCAAUCGGCGUGAUGCUCAUUAUCUUCACAUUCUGCUAUGACAUUAGCGUCGGCCCAGUCACAUACUCCCUCGUUUCAGAACUGUCCUCCACCCGUCUGAAAGCCAAGACUAUUGUCCUUGCCCGGUGCCUAUACAACAUUAGCAACAUUGUUGUUAACGUUCUGACCAACUACCAGCUCAAUUCCACGGCCUGGAACUGGGGUGCUCGGUGCGCCUAUUUCUGGGCUGGUACCUGUCUAGCCUCGCUGGUCUGGGCAUAUUUCCGGCUUCCUGAGCCAAAGGGCCGCACAUAUGAGGAGCUGGAUUUACUCUUUGAGCGUGGAGUCUCAGCAAGGAAAUUUGCCACCACCACGGUUGAUCCGUAUGAGGGAGAGGCAACAGAAGUUCAUGAGGCACAUGCGGGUAAACAUUGA